UCACUGGGGGACGGAAUCUCAGCCCUGACCCACGGUCCCAUCGCUGGAGGAGGUGGGGGGGGGAAGGUCCACCUCCGGCCCCAAAUCCCCUUCCAACCCCUCACGGGGGCGGUCUGCAGCUGCUUCCAUCUCCGGUCCCGACCUCGCCAUCCUUAUUCGCGGGGCGGGGAGCCGGGCCCCGUUCCGAUCCCACCCUUAACCCGGAGGGGAGGGCGGUGCAGCCCCAGGUCCGCCCCGUCCGUCCCCACGCUGCCGCCGGGAGCCGCGCUGCAGCCGCAGGCGGUGGGAGCGCAACGCGGGGUAUGAGCGGAGCGCUGCGGGGUGAACGGAACGGAUCGGCCCGGCCCGGGUGAUGGCGAACCUAUCAACUCCUCCAGCCUGGUCCAGAGUCAUCAACAGCUCCUCUGUUGCAGGCAAUGCUGACAACAACACCUACAGGUGUGUGUUUGAUGAGGACUUCAAGUACGUCCUGCUGCCCGUCUCCUACGGCAUCGUGUGCGUGGUGGGGCUCUUCCUCAACCUGCUGGCCCUUUAUGGCUUCAUCUUUAGGAUCAAGACCUGGAAUGCCUCCACCACGUACAUGUUCAACCUGGCCGUGUCCGACACGCUCUACGUGGUCUCCCUGCCCCUCCUGGUGUAUUACUAUGCCAUGGGGGACAACUGGCCCUUCGGAGUGGGUUUGUGCAAGAUAGUCCGCUUCUUGUUUUACACCAACCUCUACUGCAGCAUCCUCUUCCUCCUGUGCAUCAGCAUCCAUCGCUUCCUGGGCAUCUGCUACCCUCUGAAGUCCCUGCAGUGGGGACACGUCCGCUACGCCCGUAGGGUGUCUGUCAUCAUCUGGGUGGUGACCGUGGUUUGCCAAUUGCCCGUCCUCUUCUUCGUCACCACCAGCAUGAGACGUGGCACCAUCACCUGCCACGACACAUCCAGCAAAGACCUCUUUGGCCAGUUUGUCAUUUACAGUUCGGUGAUGAUGGUGCUUCUCUUCUGCAUCCCCUUCCUCAUCAUCAUCGUCUGCUACUGCCUCAUGGCCCGCAGGCUGUUGCAGCCUACACGGGGCAUGUCCCGGCUCUCCCGAUCCAAAAAGAAGUCGGUCAAGAUGAUAAUCAUUGUCCUGGUGGUCUUCAGCGUUUGCUUUCUUCCUUUCCACGUCACCCGUUCCUUGUACUACUCCUUCCGGAGCUGGGAUUUGAGCUGUCAGACCCUCAAUGCUAUAAAUUUAGCCUAUAAGGUGACCCGGCCCCUAGCCAGCACCAACAGCUGCUUGGAUCCCGUACUGUAUUUCUUAGCAGGACAAAGAUUUAUGAAGCUCACAGGCAACAAAAUCCCAUGGAAGCCUCAAAAUGAGAUGGCAUUGGGGACUGUGCCCAACGGUCCCCUGGGAACCAGCAACGACACGGACACGACGUCCAAGGAGAUGAAAUCCUAGCUCUGCCCCACACCCUGUGGCAGUGGAAGGGUUCAUCCCACGUGUGAUGGGAGGUGAGGAUGCUUCAGGGCCAGAGGCCUGUAGUGUUUGCAGUGCCUUGGCUCCCAUCAGUAUUGCUGUUUGUAGCAUGCAUUUUCAGGGAGGUGAUGCCGUGGUGACAGGGACAGGCUCCGUCCCUUUGCCUCUUUCCCUGCCUGUUUAUCUACAUGUGGCCCCUCCCCAGCGGUCAGCCUGGGUGACCUUCCAGCGUGGUUGUUGCAAAAUCUGCUAAAAUUCACACCCUGGAUGCCUUAGACUGUUUUCCAAAGAAGAAAACGCUGCGUGCGAAAAAACCCCAUAGAGAAAUCAGUCUGCUUUCCUCCAGGUUCCCUGGCACAUAAAGGAGCGUGCGUUUAUCAGAAGUCUUCCCAUGCCUUGGCAAGGGAAAAAAGACUUUUGAUUCAUGGGGAGUGUCAGCUGCGGUUGUGAUAAACAGGUUGAUAAAAGGUCAAGUGCAAACACUGCCUGCGGCGGGGAUGGGACGCCCGCUGCUUUGCAUCCCUGGGGAAAUCAUCUUGGAAUCAUGAAGGUCAGAAGAGCCCUCCAAGAUCCCCAAGUCCAACCCCAGCCCAGCCCCACCACAGCCCUCGGUGCCCCGUGUGCCCCUUUCCUGAGCACCUCCAGGGAUGGAGACCUACCACCUCGCUGGGCAGCCUGUGCCAACGCAUUGCCACUCU